ACGUGGGAGAGUAGCGAAAAAGUUGAAAACACAAACAUCGCAUUCACAAAAGAAAGAAUAGUCAGCCAGCCAGCCGUUCGUUUUCCGUUCCAUUCGUCGCAAAAAGUUCUUGGUUACAGUUUUUCACUUGAAUUAAGUGCGAAAUCGGACAUAAACUGUUGAAAAUAGCAAACCCAACAAGGAAGUGCUGCUGUGGGGUCAGAGUAUAGUGAACGUUAUCGAAUAUUGAUUCAGAGACGUGCGUUUUGUUUCUUCUCACGGAGAAUCCAUUUUGGGAAAGCAAAGAACCUUUAUUUCAUCAGCUGUUUAUCGCUUGCUGGCUAUAAUCUUCAAAGGCGUAAAAACUGUACAGAGUGUUAUUAAGUCCAGUAAUAUAUUGCAACCUUGCAACUUGUAUAUUUGAUAAGCUGCACACUCUACACUACAAUCAUUCCUUGGUCAGCAUGAAUAACUUUGGUGGCGUUUGAGACACUACAUCGAGUACACAAAAUCAUGUUGUUUAUGCGCUGCACCAAUCCGAGAAUAACUUCUUCACAAGCAGAUACAUCGUGGAAAGUGCAGCACAGUCAGGGAAGCUCUCAACAGCUAAAGUGUAAACUGAUUGAAGGCAGGUGGUGUCAGGAUGAGUCUUUCGUCGCGGGCCGACAUCGAUGCUGGAGGAUUCUUCGUUAACUUCAAUCAGGACUGCACCUCCCUGGCUGUCGGUUCUAAGAGUGGAUAUAGCCUAUUUUCACUAAAUUCGGUUGACUCCACGCUGGAUCAGAUUUACAACAGCUAUGGCGAAGAUAUCUGCCUUGUGGAACGCCUUUUUAGUAGCUCACUGGUGGCGGUUGUUUCUCUGAACGCACCGAGAAAGCUUAAAGUUUGCCACUUCAAAAAGGGAACCGAAAUUUGCAACUACUCGUACUCGAACACUAUCCUGGCUGUGAAGUUGAAUCGAUCCCGUCUAGUAGUCUGCCUCGAGGAGAGCCUCUACAUCCACAACAUUCGGGACAUGAAAGUGGUUCACACAAUCCGUGACACUCCACCGAACACGACCGGGCUGUGUGCUUUGGCUUCGGAUUCGGACCACUGCUAUCUGGCCUACCCGGGCAGUGCAACCGUCGGGGAGGUGCAGAUUUUCGAUGCAGUAAACUUGCAUGCCAAGACGAUGAUCCCGGCGCACGAUUCACCGUUGGCAGCGAUUGCGUUCAGUCAAAUGGGAACGGAGGUGGCGACCGCAAGCGAAAAAGGUACUGUGAUCCGGGUGUUUUCCGUUAACGAUGGCUCCAAACUGUUCGAGUUUCGUCGCGGCGUCAAACGGUGCGUAUCGAUCGCUUCUCUGGCGUUCAGCACCUGCUCGAAAUAUCUGUGCUGCAGCUCGAACACAGAAACGGUGCACAUAUUCAAGCUGGAGCGUAGCUCACCGGAGAACAACGAUGAUCAAAGCGGCAAAGAUCACUGGAUGGGUUAUAUUAGCAAGGCGGUGAGCAGCUACUUGCCACUUGCGCUACCCUCGCAGGUUACCGAUGUGUUCACCCAGGGUAGGGCGUUUGCAUCGGCCGUACUUCCGGUAGCUGGACUAAGACAUUCCUGCGUUAUCAACAUCAUUCAAAAGUCGAUGAGACUGCUUGUAGCUUCCCAGGACGGCUAUCUCUAUGUCUACCAACUGCCCACGGAGGGUGGCGAGUGUCAACUUAUCAAGAAGCAUGAUCUAAGGAGUGUGGAACCAAUGGCCACCGGGCGACCAGAAUCCCUCCCAAUUGGUGUACCGACAAGCUCACCAGCCGGUGGUGGCAGUUACGCAUCUGCAGUAAAAAAUGCGUCGGCUACAACGGCGGCACCGGCUCCCGGUGCCUCGAGUGCCGGUUCCAACGAAGAUGACCAGCAGCACCACCAGCAAUAAACAGCAGGCGGAGGAGUCUAUUUCCAAAACUUGAUUAGCUUGCAGAGCAAAUUUGAAAUGCAUGAUCGAAAAGUAGCCAGAAUUGAGUGAAAAGGUCAAUCAAACCCGGGAGUGGGUUUUUGCGUGAGUGAGUUGCAUGGUUCAAUAUUGACCGAAAGUAAGACCGGCUGCCAAAAAUAAUGUUUGUAAUGGCAGAUUAUAACGACAUUUCUAAACCCUGUUUCGGACCGUAGCCCUGUGAGAUGUGUUGUUUUACCAUUCAUAAAACGGAACAGUCAUUUCGUGUUUAGAAGUGGAAAGUGUGAGUACGUUAAUUUUCCAAGGGAUCAUAUAUUUAUUUUUAAAAUUCUGAAUGCUUUGAAUACAGUAGGUAGUUUAUAGUUUUUAUCCUUUUGUUUCGUUACAAAAAAAAAAAAUACAAUCACAAAUGCAAAUACGGAUCGGUACAAGAAAGCGCAGGAAGGGACGAAUUUCAUAUCAUUUUAAGCUGAAGUUAGAAUAUUGCCAUGUUCAAAAAACGCAGAAACGGGAAUCUAAAAUUUUUAAUUGAAAGUUUGUUGCCAACCGUUGUGAUAACCAAAAUAACCGUUGCAUGUUGGCAAAGGGGGAACUCGGAAACCUGUUUCCUCUGGAACCGGCUGAUAGUAACAAGAGACUUUGGAUAAACUUUGUUUGCAGUAGGAAAUACACAGGUUGCUAAAACAAUUACAGAUUUAGAGGAAACUAACCAGUCGCUACAAGUGAGUGGAUGUUUUUUAAGUGCGCGUCGUGACAUAACUAUCUUCUAUUCAUUCGGGAAGAGAAUAGAUUGAGCCGAGGUAGAAUCUUAAAUACUAGAUUAAACAUUAUUUUCCAAGCAUUCUUGUUCUAGCAUAUAAGUGUCGGAAAAGUCUAGACUAUAAAAUACAUCUGCAGUACCCACAUAAUGAGAUAAAAGUAAACCUUUGCGAGCAAUUGCUUCAAAAAGACAUUGCCUGUGUUAAAGGUAUGUAUUGUAAAAAAAUAUAGAUAUUUUAAAAGGUA